UUUUGUCUCCCUUCCCUCACUGCCUGUGCUCCUUUGAGUAGGCUACCCCUAGACCAUUCCAGUGGGUUUCACUUUGAGUUAACUGGAAAUAAAGUUGUGCAGAAAGGAGCAAGCAUCCCCCCCCCCCCAUGGUGGGGCGGGAUGGGGGGUGGUAAGUCUGUCCUUACCCUGGAGAGAGGCUGCCUGGGGCUUGGCAGUUUGGGCUCACUCCUGUCACGUGGAGAGAGAUUGCUCUAGAGUGGAGUGGCGUCCAUGGAUAGUGCCUCACCGACCCGAGACCCAAGUGGACCCUCCCCUCCCGGGCCAUGCACCAAAGAGCGGGGGGCCAAGGGUCACAUGGGCAAAGCCGUCUGCUCCACAGUCUUCUCCCCUCUGGGUGGGGGGCAGCCUGAGAAAGGAGAGCCCAACAGCUCUACCCCAGAGGCUCCGGGCAUAACCACCUAGACGACACAGGCCUAAGCUCAGAGCUCCUCUGCGCAUGGUUCGCAGUUCAGAGUGGCUGGCAUCGGAGCUGGGUUAGAGCCCCUUCCCUAACCACAGGCCCUUGGGCGUUUGACCUAACCUCUCUGAGGCUCCGUUUCCUCCCCUAUAAAUCCGAGUUAAAGGCGCCCACCACUUGGGGCGGUUCAUACCGAGAGCUGACAGCAGCGAGUGCUCAGGGUGUGCGGAAAGCUUUACCUCAUUUACACAGAACGUUGUGAAGUAGAUAUGAUUCUCCCUGAUUUUGCAGUUGAGGAAACCAAACUGGAAAGCUGGGAACCAUUAAGUAACUUGCCAGAGGCCACGCACAGCCAGCAAGCGGCAGAGCCGAAGUCAGCCCCAAACCCAGCUCCUCCAGCACCACAUUAACCGAGCUAAUCUGUGUAAAGUACCAGCUACAAAGUAGAAGCUCAAUAAAUGGCUGCUGUGAUGGGGCGUGGCGAUGAAUGAGCCAGCCCAGCCCCAGCCGACAAGGAUGGAGAGCCGCACCCGGGAGGGUAAGAAGCGACGCCCACCCAUCUCCACGUAGAAUGACUGUCCUGGGAGGACCCUCAGCCUGUGAACUGGCAAGAGUGGAAGGACUCCAGACUCUUCUCGUGGAUGGUCCCCUACCCUGCGGCUCCAUCAUGAGGCUCCUUGUGGCCCCCCUCGUGCUGGCCUGGGUGGCUGGUGCCACUGCCACCGUGCCCGUGGUACCCUGGCGCGUGCCCUGCCCCCCUCAAUGCGCCUGCCAGAUCCGGCCCUGGUACACACCCCGAUCGUCCUACCGCGAGGCCAACACCGUGGACUGCAACGACCUGUUCCUAACAGCCGUGCCGCCCGGGCUGCCCGUGGGCACUCAGACCUUGCUUCUGCAGAGCAACAGCAUCGUCCGUGUGGACCAGAGUGAGCUCAGCUAUCUGGUCAACCUCACAGAGCUGGACCUGUCCCAGAACAGCUUUUCGGACGCCCGAGACUGUGACUUCCGGGCCCUGCCCCAGCUGCUGAGCCUGCACCUGGAGGAGAACCAGCUGACCCGGCUGGAGGACCAGAGCUUCUCAGGGCUGACUGGCCUACAGGAGCUCUAUCUCAACCACAACCAGCUCUACCGCAUCGCCCCCAGGGCUUUCGCCGGCCUCGGCAACCUGCUGCGGCUACACCUCAACUCCAACCUGCUGAGGGCCAUCGACAGCCGCUGGUUCGAGUCGCUGCCCAACCUGGAGAUCCUCAUGAUCGGGGGCAACAAGGUAGAUGCCAUCCUGGACAUGAACUUCCGGCCGCUGGCCAAUUUGCGCAGCCUGGUGCUGGCAGGCAUGAACCUUCGGGAGAUCUCCGACUACGCCCUGGAGGGCUUGCAAAGCCUGGAGAGCCUCUCCUUCUAUGACAACCAGCUGGCGCGGGUGCCCCGGCGGGCCCUGGAGCAGGUGCCUGGGCUCAAAUUCUUGGACCUGAACAAGAACCCACUGCAGCGGGUAGGGCCCGGGGACUUCGCCGACAUGCUGCACCUCAAGGAGCUAGGGCUAAACAACAUGGAGGAGCUGGUUUCCAUCGACAAGUUCGCUCUGGUCAACCUCCCCGAGCUGACCAAGCUGGACAUCACCAACAACCCCCGGCUGUCCUUCAUCCACCCCCGCGCCUUCCACCACCUGCCCCAGAUGGAGACCCUCAUGCUCAACAACAAUGCUCUCAGUGCCUUGCACCAGCAGACGGUGGAGUCCCUGCCCAACCUGCAGGAAGUGGGUCUCCAUGGCAACCCCAUCCGCUGCGAUUGCGUCAUCCGCUGGGCCAACGCCACGGGCACCCGGGUCCGCUUCAUAGAGCCGCAGUCCACCCUGUGCGCCGAGCCGCCAGACCUCCAGCGCCGCCCUGUCCGCGAGGUGCCCUUCCGGGAGAUGACGGACCACUGCCUGCCCCUCAUCUCCCCCCGCAGCUUCCCCGCCAGCCUCCAGGUGGCCAGUGGAGACAGCCUGCUGCUGCACUGCCGGGCGCUGGCCGAACCGGAACCUGAGAUCUACUGGGUCACUCCGGCCGGGGUCCGACUGACGGCUGCCCGUGCAGGCAGGAAGUACCGGGUGUACCCCGAGGGGACCCUCGAGCUGCGGAGGGUGACGGCAGAUUUGGCGGGGCUGUAUACGUGUGUGGCCCAGAACCUGGUGGGGACUGACAGUAAGACGGUUAGUGUGGUGGUUGGCCGGGCUCCCCUGCAGCCAGGCCGGGACGAGGGAUGGGGGCUGGAGCUCCGGGUGCAGGAGACCCACCCUUAUCGCAUCCUGCUGUCUUGGGUCCCCCCACCCAACACAGUCUCUACCAACCUCACCUGGUCCAGCGCCGCCUCCCCCCGGGGCCAGGGCUCCCCUGCUCUGGCCCGCCUGCCACGGGGCACUCACAGCUUCAACAUCACCCGCCUCCUUCAGGCCACGGAGUACUGGGCCUGCCUGCAAGUGGCCUUUGCUGAUGCCCACACCCAGUUGGCAUGCGUAUGGACCAGGACUAAGGAGGCCACUCCUUGCCACAGAGCCUUAGGGGACCGGCCCGGGCUCAUAGCCAUGCUGGCUCUUGCUGUCCUCUUGCUGGCAGUGGGGCUAGCCGCCCACCUGGGCACUGGUCGGCCCAGGCAGGGGGUGGGUGGGCAGCCUCUCCUUCCAGCCUGGGCUUUCUGGGGCUGGAGCACCCCCUCGGUCCGAGUGGUGUCUGCGCCCCUCGUCCUGGCCUGGAAUCCAGGAAGGAAGCUGUCCAGGUCUUUGGAAGGGGAAACACUGUCCCCACCAUUGCUGCAAAAUUCCUGAAGCUCAGCCUGCUCGCUGCAGUAGACAAGUACCUAGGACUCCUUUUUACCGAAAGGGAAGCGGUCUGGGCCAGAUGCCCUGCCAGGAAAGUGACAUGGACGCGCGUGCUGGAGGCCUGGCAGCUGGACCGAGACAGAUGGGGCUUUGUCCCUCCAGGAGCUGCUCCUACUGCCUCCAGAAAGUCGCCAUUACCUUCUGGGGGCCAGUCUGCUGAUAUCAUGAGGAGCAUCUCCGAGGAACAGGAAGGACUCUGGCCGGAGCCUCCCAUCUCCCUAGUUGUCUGUGUGCUCAGAGGCGCCUGGGCCCCUGCUUGGAUGUCCCCUGCCUCUGUCCCCAGGCCCUUGGCCCAGGGGGAGAAGCCCCCUCCUCUUCUCUUUCUUUGUACAGUUUCAGUUGCUUGCUCUUUCCCCUCCUGGGCAAGGGCUGAGGGAGGCCUCUCCUCCCCGCCUUGGGGGACCACUCUCACCAGAUCCCCCACCAGAUCUUGAAAGACGUUUGGGGAGAGGGAUGCCCAGGAACACCUCAUCUUGGCAAGCCCGGAUUGGCACUGCAAGGUUGACUUUCUACAGGCAAUUUUGUACCUUUGUGGAGAAAUGUGUCACCUCCCCCCAACCCCAUUCACUCUUUUCUCCUGUUUUGUAAAAAAUAAAAAAUAAACAAGAAUAACAAUAGUAAGGGGGAAAGGAAACAAAAGGAA